UUCAAAUCAGACAAAAUGAUGAAAUUGGUGCUGAUUUAUGCUUUAAUGAUAGCAGUAGCUUCAGCUGUGUCACCUUUAGCGCUACUCCGAUACCCAACCAAGCCACCAGUAUUGUCCCCAGUACCAUCAUAUAAUGUCUACGCUGCCCAGCCAGGAAAAGUCAUCGCAAUUCUUCGUCAAGAGAGUGACAUUUCCCCAGAUGGUAGUUAUCAGUAUGCAUAUGACACAGAAAAUGGUAUAUCCGCCCAAGAAUCUGGUAGCUUGUCAGGUUCUGGUCCUGAUGCAGCUAUCGCUGCCACCGGAUCUUAUCAGUACACCGCUCCAGAUGGUACUCCAGUCCAGAUAUCUUACGUGGCUGAUCAAAAUGGAUUCCAACCUGCUGGCAAUGUGUUGCCUACCUCUCCACCAGUCCCUGAAGCCAUACUGAGAUCUCUAGCAUACAUCGCAGCACAUCCCCAGUCUCAGGGCACCAGCGCUCCCGUAAAGAAAUAUUUUAAGUAAAUU